GUAUGCUCGUAUUUCCGCGCGGAAAUCGUCAUCGCGGCUGUUAGGUUGCCCAACACGGCGGUUCCCAAGCAUUUCCACCCUGCAGAACCCUUUCAAGCGAUUCGGAGAGACUGUAGAACCCUGGCGAAUAUCUCGUGUUACGGAUACAGUCCUGCUGAUACCUUCAAUACGAUAGCCAAGGCGGAACCUAUACUCGCAUGCUUUCCCCACGAAUGAUGCCCUCGCUCAUCCGUCAAUUGUCGAGUGUCAGCACGAAAAUGCCCUGCCACUCCCUCAAUUUGAGUGAGUCCCAGACUCGGGCUAUGUGGAGAGCCGCAGAUUGCGUUUGCUUCGAUGUGGACUCUACAGUUUGCAUGGAUGAAGCCAUCGACGAAUUAGCGAAAUUCGCUGGCAGAGAGAAGGAAGUUGCCGACCUAACUGAGCGUGCCAUGAAAGGCGGCAUGACAUUCCGCGAGGCUCUGGAACAGCGACUCCAACUCAUCCAGCCUGACAUGCAGAUGGUUGAAACGUACAUUCGAGAGAAUCCUCCGCGCCUCUCUCCGGGCAUAGAAGAGCUCGUAGGUCACCUCCAGUCGCGAGGAGUUGCUGUCUAUCUAGUCUCGGGCGGCUUCCAGUCGAUCAUCGAGCCAGUCGCCACGGAGUUGGGAAUUCCUCACGAGAACAUCUUUGCAAACCAACUGAAGUUCUACUUCAAUGGUCGCUAUGCUGGUUUUGAGACGAACCAGCCCACUAGCAACCAAGACGGCAAGGCUCGCGUUAUCCAAUACUUGAAGAAGAAGUUCGGCUAUCAACGGGUAGUGAUGGUGGGGGAUGGAGCCACAGAUUUGGCAGCAUGUCCACCAGCCGACGCUUUCAUCGGAUACGGAGGCAAUCAGAUUCGGGAAAAAGUCAAGGCGGCUUCACCGUGGUUCGUCGAAUCGUUUUCGGAUCUCGUCAAAGAAUUGAGCAUGGCUUGAUCGUUCGAUCAUUUCACAGCCUCUUCUCCGAAAGGCGGUGUCCCAUGGUUGAUAGUCUAAGAUGUAGACACAGGAAUAUUUCGUAUAGUGUACAAUAAUUAUGAUUAUUUUGCCGCACUCCGGCGAGUCCGCACAAUGUUCAUCGAUUCCGCAUGAGGGAAGAAGUUUUAUUAAACAAGAAUGAAUCUUGAGAGA